AUGGCGGCGCCUGUGAUGGAGACAUGCCAUGUCGCUUGUUGCGCUAACAGGACUCCACAUGUUGUCUCCUGGGGUCGCGGGGGCACCGUGGCGUUCGGGACGUGUAACUCCGUGGCUCUGUACGACCCGCAGGAGAGAAGAGUCGCUGCGGUGCUGAACGGACACACAGGCCGAGUGAAUGCUGUUCAGUGGGUCCACAGAGAGGACUGUGCUCCGGAGACUCAUUUGGUCUCAGGAGGCUCAGACAACCAGCUCAUAGUCUGGGAGGCUCGGAAUGACAAGUUUGGCCAGUCCGUGGAGUGUAAGGGCCACACUGGUCCAAUCAGCGCUGUGGCUGCCAUCUACACGGAGGGCUCAGAAAUCCUGGUGGCGUCCUCAUCGUCCGACUCCACCGUCAGACUCUGGCUCUGCAGUGAAAACAAAAAAGCUGAGUGCCUCCAUAUCAUACCAUUUGGCAGCGGUUUCAUGAUGGAUGUCUCUCUGGUACUGUUGCCAGGCAGCAGAGUUCCCAUACUGGCCUGUGGGGGGGACGACUGUCGGGUGCAUCUGUACGUGCAGUCCAGCGGACAGUUCCAGAAAGCUUUGUCCCUACAAGGGCAUGAAGACUGGGUUCGUGGAGUGGCUUGGACGUCUGUAGGUGGGGAGCUGUUAUUAGCCAGCUGUUCACAGGACUGUCUCAUCAGAGUGUGGAGGCUUUGUGCCAAGUCUGGGACAGACAGCGGCGCAGAGGACGAUCACACCAUCAUCAAAAUGAAAGAGGACGUGUUUGAAGUGAAGGAGAAAGACGUGUCGUCAGUGUUUGCCGUGUCUCUGGAGACGGUCCUGGCAGGUCAUGAGAACUGGGUCUAUGGAGUCCACUGGCAGCCUCCUUUCUACCAAGCUGGUGAGUUGCAGCAGCCUCUCAGUUUGCUCUCUGCUUCCAUGGAUAAGACCAUGAUCCUCUGGGCUCCUGAGGAGGGAUCUGGAGUCUGGGUGGAGCAGGUGCGUGUAGGGGAGGUUGGUGGCAACACUCUGGGUUUCUACGGCUGCCAGAUGAGUCCGGAUGGCUCCAUGAUUGUGGCUCAUGCUUUUCACGGGGCGCUGCAUCUCUGGUGCAGAGACCAAGAUAAAGAGGGGGGGUGGAGACCUGGAGUUGUCAUAUCAGGUCAUUUCAAUGAAGUGCGGGACCUCAGCUGGGAUCCGGAGGGCGAGUUCAUCGUCAGCGUGGGCUCAGACCAGACCACCAGACUCUUCACUCCAUGGAGGAAACAAGAUGUCAAACUGCCGACCUGGCAUGAAAUCUCCCGGCCUCAGAUCCAUGGAUACGACAUGCAGUGUCUGGCCAUGGUCGGGAGGUUCCAGUUUGUGUCUGGAGCCGAUGAGAAGGUCCUGAGAGUCUUUCAAGCGCCUCGCAACUUUGUGGAGAACUUUGCAAACAUCUCUGGGGCAUCGAGAGAAAAGCUGCUGACGUCCAGCGACUCUGCCAACCUUCCAGAGGGAGCCAGCACACCUGCUCUGGGUCUGUCUAACAAGGCCGUAUUUCAAGGUGACCUUGUCCAAAAAAACAAUAAUGAAGCGGAGAAGCUCAGCAGUGUGUCUGAUCAAUACCAGGAGUCUUACUUCCACCCACUCAACAUGACCGAGCCCCCACCAGAGGAUCAUCUUCUUCAGAACACGCUCUGGCCUGAGGUCCAGAAACUGUACGGCCACGGCUUUGAGAUGUUCUGUCUCGCGUCUGACAGCGCCAGGACGGUGGUGGCGUCUGCAUGCAAGGCAUCUAAAGCCGAGCAUGCAGCCGUGCUGCUGUGGAGCACAGACACGUGGCGUCAGCUGCAGACGCUGCCAUGCCACAACCUCACCAUCACCCAGAUGGCCUUCUCACCUGAUGCACAGCUCCUGCUGGCCGUCUCCCGUGAUCGCACCUGGUCUUUAUGGAGACGCACCCCGCCCACACCUGAAAGUCCAGAGCCGCACUUCUCGCUGCACGCGCACACAUCGAAGGACACGGCCGUGCACAGCCGCAUCAUCUGGUCAUGUGACUGGAGCCCCGACAGCAACUACUUUGUGACGUCCAGUCGAGACAAGAAGGUGAUCGUGUGGGGCCCCUGCAGAUCAGAGGACACCGGAGACUCUGAGCUUCCUCCUGAGAUUAAACACUGUUCCUCCAUCUUGGAUGUGGGGGAUUCUGCUACCGCUGUAGCUUUCUGCCCGGUACUCUUCCCUGAUAACAGCUUCCUGUUGGCAGUUGGCUUGGAGAGUGGCAGGAUCCUGUUGUACAGGUGGAGCCCCGGCCAGGAGGCUGUUGGAGGACACGACUGGAGCAGCUGUGCAGAGACGGACAUGUUACAAAGCCACACUCUGGCUGUGAAGCGGCUCCGCUGGAGGCCCCGGGCCGGCCGAGCAGGACGAGGCCACAGCAAGGAGGACGGACAGACGGGUGGAGAGAGUGAGGCUGAAGAAGAGAGCUCCUGGGUCCAGCUCGCCAGCGCCGGCGCCAACCACUCUGUCAAAAUCUUCAACAUCAACAGACUGGCUCUUUAGCACCACCAACCAUGACACUAUUAUGUCCCUCACACACACACACACACCAAGAGAGAGAGAGACACGCGCUGCUCACUGGCAGAGCCGCUCAGUCCCUGUGACAGCCGGGUCAGUCACGGGUCAGUCUCAGGACAAACCCACGACACACAUGCCCCACGGUCUGUCUGCACGCCGCUGAGCCGAUUUGAUGGGCGGAUCCAAGAUGGUGAAAACGCCAUGAGCUCAGGAGGGGGGGGGGGGGUGUUUACUCAGACACUUCAAAGUGUUUUAGAUUCAAAGAAGAAGAUGCUGCAGAUAUUUAGACUGGUUCAGUAAACAUCUGUCUAUAUGGUGAAUGUCUGAUAUUCAUGGGUUUCUCUGCACUUGAUAAAGACACGUGUGUGUGGUUCAUUGGUUUUAUGAGCAAUUAAUUAAAAGUUUUCUA